CGCUGCUUCCGUUCCCGCUGAGCAGCAGCAGCAGCAGCAGUAAAGAUGGAGAGAGACUCUACGGUCCGCAGAAUCAGAACCCAACAGAACCAGCAGCAGCAGCAGCAGCAGAUCCAGCCCGACUGUCGCGAUGAGGCGGCCGCGCUCAACGGGCUCCGGAGACGCAAACACAAGCCGGAAGUCCGCGCUGGGCUGCUGGGCGAGAGUUCCGCUGUGCUGCUGCUGCUCGGGUUCGUGUGUUUGCUGUGGCUGCUGGUUCUGAUCUCACUGCAGCAGCUCGUCAUCAGCAGCCCGGGACACUUCAACGCGCUCUGGGCCAGGAAGCAUUUGGAGCAGAUCACCAGCGUUGGGCCGCGGACCGUCGGAAGUCCAGAGAAUGAGAUCAUGACGGUGAACUACCUGCUGGACCAGAUCGAGCAGAUCCGCACUGAGAGCAAGACCGGUCCUCACUCCAUCACUGUGGACGUCCAGCGGCCCACCGGAUCCUUCAGUAUCGACUUUCUGGGCGGAUUCACCAGCUAUUAUGAUCGCGUGACCAACAUCGCAGUCAAAUUAGAGCCGAAGACAAAGGCGCAGCACUUCAUGCUCGCAAACUGCCACUUUGAUUCAGUGGCAAACAGCCCAGGAGCCAGUGAUGACGCCGUCAGCUGCUCCGUGAUGUUGGAGGUUUUACAUUCUCUGGCGAAUCUCUCCACACCGCUCAAACACGGCGUCGUCUUCCUGUUUAACGGAGCGGAGGAGAACAUCCUUCAGGCCAGUCACGGCUUCAUUACCCAGCAUCCCUGGGCUCAGCAGGUGCGUGCGUUUGUGAACCUGGAGGCGGCAGGAGUGGGCGGGAAAGAGGUGGUGUUUCAGACAGGUCCGGAGAACCCAUGGUUGGUUCAGGCGUACGUCCGCGCCGCCGUCCAUCCGUUCGCGUCAGUGGUCGGUCAGGAGGUUUUCCAGAGCGGCGUCAUUCCCUCAGACACCGACUUCCGCAUCUACAGGGACUUCGGGAAUAUUCCUGGGAUUGAUCUGGCGUUUAUUGAGAACGGUUUCAUCUAUCACACUAAAUAUGACACGCCGGAGCGAAUCCACACCGACUCCAUCCAGAGAGCAGGUGACAACAUCCUGUCUGUGCUCAAACACCUGCUGAUGUCAGACGAGCUGGCCGACUCAUCAGCGUAUCGUCACGGUAACAUGGUGUUCUUUGAUCUGUUGGGCGUUACCGUGGUAGCGUAUCCCGCACGCGUCGGCACCAUCAUCAACUACAUGGCCGCCGUCGCCACGGUGAUUUACCUGGGCAAGAAGUGCAUGUUAACUAGUAAUGCGGGCGGGCGGUACAUGCGUGAUCUGGCGUGUGCGGCGUGUGUGGCCGUGUUGAGCUGGUUCGUGACUCUGCUGACGGUUCUGAUCGUGGCUCUGCUGGUGACUCUGGCGGGACGCUCCAUGUUCUGGUACAGUCACUUCUACGCCGCCGUCUGUCUGUACGGAUCCGUCGCCGUCGGCAAGAUCCUGCUCAUCCACACGCUGGCCAAGAACCUGUACUACGGGAUUUCUCUCCUGAUUCAGACCAGACCACUUUUUCUCUGGAGGAAGCAUUAUUAUGAAUUAUGGACUCAUAUUUUAGUUAAAAACUUCUUAAUAAUGGAUUUGUUUCAUCUUUUGUCUUCUCAAGAUGUGAACUGAUGGACUGGAGUGGUGUGGAUUAUUGUGAUGUUUCUAUCAGCUGUUUAGACGCCAUAAAAACUUAAUGUCAAAUGUCAUUGC